AUGCUGUGUAGCUCUCUGUACUAGUAUACAGCGCGAGACGAGACCGUUGGAAAACUUUACCCCCGCGCCAGUUCCCCUGAUCUUACCGAAGUUUAACACUCAUAAUCACCACAUUAAUAUAUUGAUUUUCUGAUCCGUACACGAGGACCAGGCAUGGCGUGGAAGUGCCUACUUGUUCUGACGAUAGCGUUCAGCGCGGGCCAGCUGUACAGGACGUAUGCUCAAACGUCUUCUAGUGCAUGCAGUGAUGCAAAGACGUGUGGGGAAUGCAUAUCAUUGGACUCAUCGUGCGGUUGGUGUACGUUACUAAAUUAUACAGAUGACACAGGCAACCCGCAGUGUGAUUUAGCAAGCAGCUUGAGCCAGAGAGGAUGCUCACAAAUCGUUGAUCCAGACAGUACUAUGGUCGUUAGGAUGGAUAUUCCGUUGAGUAAUGCUGGCAGCACUCCUCAGGGCCAGGCAGUCCAGGUUAGACCACAGCAAGUUGAUCUGAAGCUUAGAAGGGGAAAGCCAGUGGUUAUGACGCUCCAGGUCCGACAGGCCGAGGAUUACCCGGUAGAUCUCUACUAUGUGAUGGAUCUCUCUAAAUCCAUGGAAGAUGAUCUCUCCAAGCUCAUGGACCUUGGAGAUAUUCUAGCGAGCGAGAUGAAAAAUAUCACAAGCAAUUUCAGACUUGGUUUCGGAUCAUUUGUUGAUAAGACUGUGAUGCCCUAUGUCAGUACAGUGCCUGAAAAAUUGAUUGCACCUUGUACAGGGUGUGAGGCUCCGUAUGGAUUCAAGAACGUACUCCCAUUGAAUGAGAACACUAACUUAUUUUCAGAAACGGUGAUGAACCAGAGAGCUUCAGGAAACCUAGAUGCACCUGAGGGAGGCAUGGAUGCUCUCAUGCAAAUCACAGUCUGUGGGAACCAAAUAGGAUGGAGAGAGAAUGCAAGGCAUCUUGUGAUCUACACCACCGAUUCUUCCUUCCAUUAUGCCGGAGACGGAAAGCUUGGAGGUAUCAUUACUCCCAAUGACGGACAAUGCUAUCUGGACCCUAUUUCACAGAACUAUACUAUGUCACAUUACUUGGACUACCCAUCCAUCAGUCAUCUCAACGCUAAGAUGAGAGAGAACAGUGUGAUCCCCAUAUUUGCUGUCAUCCAGAAAGAGUUUGAGAUCUACAAUAAUCUGACUCAAUACAUAGAGGGCGCUACAGCGGGUAUUCUGGCCCAGGAUUCCAACAACAUUGUACAGCUGGUCAAAGACAACUACAGUAAAAUCACAUCCAGAGUCGAAGUGGUAGACGACGCCCCCGAGAACGUGACCAUCGACUACGUCGCCCAUUGUCCCGGAGGACAGGUCACGCCAGGGUCACAGGUGUGCGAGGGUCUUCAGCUUGGCGACACGGUCAACUUCACGCUGACCAUUACGGCGACCGGAUGUCCACCCAAUAAAUACCAACAGUUCACUGUACGCCCCAUUGGAUUCAACGAGGAACUGAAAGUGAAUGUAGAGUUUGCGUGCGACUGUGACUGCGAAGCACAAAAGGUUGAGAAUAGUCAGGUAUGCAGUGGAGGAAAUGGCACCUUGGAGUGCGGCAGUUGUAUCUGUAACCCGGGACACUAUGGCCGAUACUGUGAGUGCAGCAGUGACGAUCCUACGCUAGAAGACAAUGACGCACCUUGCAUAUCACCAAACACAUCCAUCGUUUGUUCAGGAAGAGGAUCUUGUGUGUGCGGAAAUUGCAUCUGUUUCCCAAGACCGAACCCCAGUGAAGUUGUUUCUGGCACUUUCUGUGAAUGUGAUAACUUCAACUGUGAUAGGUACCUAGGAGAGCUUUGUGGUGGUUCUGAUAGAGGGCAGUGUGUAUGCGACGAGUACACGAGGAGAAGUCAGUGCCGGUGCAGGUCGGGGUACAGCGGGGACGCCUGCGAAUGUUCUACUCGGGUGGAUACCUGUAUGACAGGAGAUACCAUAUGUAAUGGGGAAGGUGUGUGCAUCUGUGGGGAGUGUAAAUGUAACGCUGGCUCCUCCUAUAGGGGAGCACUAUGCCAAGACUGUCCGACUUGUAGCGGUCAGUGUUCUAGGAACGAGGAGUGCGUCCAGUGCAAGGCUUUUGGUACCGGACUGUCCAAGGCAGAUUGUGACAAGUGUCCUUUCCCGGUCAUCAUGGUCGAUAACCUAGAGAUUCCCACUGGUUCAGAGAGGUGCCUUGCAGAAGACGAAGACGAUUGUUCCAUUAUCUUUACCUAUGCAAAGUCAGCCAACGGCUCCCUCAUCUUAUAUGUGCAGAAAGAAAAAGUAUGCUUUGAACCAGUGGACAUCAUGCAUGUCAUCAUCGGUAUCGUCGUUGGUAUCAUCAUCGUGGGAUUGGCCCUCCUCCUCGUUUGGAGGUUGCUCGUCUAUGUUCAAGACAGCAGAGAAUUUGCAUCAUUUGAGAAAGAAAGAGCAGGAACGCAUUGGGGACAGAAUGAAAAUCCGAUUUACAAGCCAUCAACUUCGACGUUCAAGAACCCCACAUACCAGAAAUGAGACCGGAUUAAUGGUGCCAGAUUUUUUCUGUUCUUUUUCUCUUGUCUACAUAUUUUUUGUUGCAUUCAAAGACAUAGAAUCCUGCAUAUUCUGUUUGAAAGCAGCGAUUUAUGAAGCUCUGUUCAUACAUGAUGGGGUGAAGUACGUCCGUCAAAAACCUUCAUUAGCAAAAAAAAAAAAAAUAAAUAAAGUGGGGCAAGGUGUUUACAAACUCGCUUCACGUUUGUGCAUCUAAUAACAAAAAGGUUAUUGCACUUUAAUAGUGGCUUAUUGCAUGCAGCACACACUUUUUAAAAAUAAUAGUAAUAAUGAUGAUGAUGAUGAAGAUGAUGAUGAUGAUGAUGAUGAUGAUGAAGAUGAUGAUAAUAAUGUUUUCUUAUAUAUCGUUUUACCAUUAGCUGACCAAAGUGUUUACCGUCUUAUUAUUACCCCAGUCACUGAAUUUAAGUACUCCUCUGCUAAUUGCAGUGAACAUUCUCCACUCCCUGGGGAGCAUUCCAGCUAGUCGCAUCCUACCAGGUUCCCAAUUAACACCUGGGCUAGGUGGAAAGGAGCAAUGUAAAUGAAGAACAUUUUUUCACACCCACUUGCCUUCGAUUAAACAUGAAGUGGUUUGAAUUUAGAUGCAGUAGUUUUUUGAGGUGGUUUACUACAUCAUGGAUGAAUAAGGCCUUCAGUGUAUAGCUGAGUUCUGGGCCCCAUUUCACAAAACCUUAUUACAAUGACAAAUAAAAAAAAAAUCAGUGACAAAUCUGCUGAUAACCAAUCAGAAGCAAGGAUUUCACUAGCUUAUAACAAAAACUGUCAUUUGUCACUGAUGACAAGUUUUGUGAAAUGGGGCCCUGGUCAGGUGAUUUCAUUGCGAAAGAAACCGUGUGGAAGUAAUUGAGGUUGAUAAUUUAGCACAUUUUUUGUGAGUAAUGUGAGAUUUAAUAUCAUUAAAUUGACUAGAAAGUGACACCGCCUUGCUGAAAGUCACAUGAGCCGCACUCAGAAAUGUGUAUAUGGGACUACACAAACCUAUGGCAUGAAAGUUUGGUCCAAACACUCAAGCUUUGUCUUGUCAUAUUUGGAAUAUGAGGGCAUUUCAAGAGCCAACCUUAUCGUGGGACGUUUUUAUCAAUUUUCAGAGGACAUAUUUUUUAUGAUAUUCUUCCACCCUGACAUAAAAAAAGUAUUUUUGGAAAAGCUCACAAAUCACUUUUCACCUUCCCCAGAAUUCAACCUUCCCUUUAUUCAAAGAAACCUGAAGGGACCUUGUUAACCUGUUAGGAAUGGCUUCGUUCAUCAAUGCACUUCAAAAUGAUUGUCAUUCUGUGUUUUCGUGGUUGGGUUUAUCGGUGGUUACUUUAUCUAGAAUAAGCAAAAUAAUUUUGGGGUAAAUUUGUUCAAAACAGUAGGAAAAUUAUUGAUUGAAAUGACAGAAUUAUGUAUGAAGCCCAUGAUUUUAUGUAUUGUUUCUGUAUACAUGUGUAUAUAUGUUUGCUAUGUCAUUGUCUUGUCUUUGUGUAGCUUUAGAUUCUGUUCAAGAUUUCAGAUUAUAAAUGUGACGCUUUCUGUGAUGCGUUUGAAUCUGGGACGAGUUUAAAUCUGACCAAAACGUUGUUUUGGUCCUCAAGUUAAUUGAAUCAACUCUAUUUCAGAAACUGUACGGUGUCAAUACACACUGUACCAUGAAUUGUUAGGAGUAAAAACACACUUGGUCCAAAGUUGUGUGGUGUUAAUGCACGUUGUGCCAAAAAUGUUGUGUGCAUGCACAGUAUGUCAAAGGUUAUACUGUGCGAACACACUUUGUCAGAUCUUACAUAUACAGUUGUACACUGUAUAAGUUACACUAUGCCGAAUGUUAUGUAUAUUGGCUUGAAUGCACUCUAAAUGUACAUGUAUACCAAAAGUUUUGCGGUGCAAAUGAACACAUGUAUGGCUGUAAUUAUAAGGGUGAAUGCACUCUUUGUGAGAAGGUACAUUACAUGUAUAUGGUGUUAACCCAUAAGCGGUUCUGAGUUUUAUCAUUUUUUUCUAAAUUAAUCAGUUUCCCCUUCCUCAAAUUGGCAACAUUUCAUCAAAUUUACCGUUCCUUCAUAGUUUGAAGAUGUAAAACUGUUUAAUUAAAUGAACCAGUGGGAAACAAAUCUGCAAAAUAUAACUGCAAAACUUAGUUCAUGAAAAUCAUGAUUUCACACCGUGUUGCCAAUUAAGAGAUGCUAAUGAUUACAGUAGUUAAAAUUAAAUUGCUCUCAUUUGAGAAAGGUAUAAUGUACUGCAUUGGAAAAAGACUCAAACUUUUCUGUGAUUUUUUGUCUUUCUGCUCAUGUAUAUUGUGUAAUCCCCACAAUUUUGGAUCACAUGUAGGAUAAAAAUGAAGAAAAAAAAAUCACUAGAAGGAGUCAGUGUACUGCUAAGGGUUAAUACACACAAUGCCAAAACUUAGGUGGUGUGAAAACUGUGUAGGAAUACAAUGUCAGUUUUGAAUGGUGUGACCGCACCUAAUGCCAGAAGUGAUAUGUACAUGUAUGUAAGUGGUGUGGCACCAAUCAUUUUGCUUAGUGUUUGUAUGAAAUUACAACUCUUAUAAUUUGUGAAGCGUCAACUUGUGUGUAUAUAUAUCUUAGAGAAAUAUGGAUGAACAAAUCUUGUAGCGACUUGCUAUUUUAACCAAUACAUGUAGUUUUGAACUGUUAAUUUAUAUGAUUAGUUGUACAUGAAAAGUAUGUGUGUAUGAUUGUCAAAGAAAUCUAGCCUAUCUCUGUAAAAAUUGCACAUGGCGGACAAAAAGAAAUUGAACCAAAGUGGUAUAGCGUAGGACCAAAAUGCCAAGCAUGUACUUUAUUUUUCCUUUUAAAUGGCGUUUGUUUCUUUCAUAUUUUCCCUGUAUAUCUUCCCGAAAAUGUUUCUGAAAUUUGAACAGACAGCUUCAGUUUUUUUUUCAUCAGAAUUUUCUUUCACCUAUCCAUUUAGCUAGAGAUGUAUGUGGAUAAAUCAAGAAUGGAACCUAUGGUCUGUUUAGAGCUAUAAGGGCUUUAACUCCGGAGGUAAUACCCUUCUGGCGCUUAGCCGAUCAUACAACCUUUCACCAAACUUGUUUCUCUCACUAUGUGACAUCACAAUAGGCAGAGAUUCAACUAGAAACAUAGCGGAAGGAUUGAGAUAUAUUCUGAUAUGUUCAGACAACAUCGCCUGCUUUCAGUUGCAUACAUUUCUUAGUUUAAAUAGAAGGAAAACAUUCAAUGUAUCUAAAUAUGUAGUGUGUGGAAAAUUUUGAAACAGUGUGCCUAGUUUUAUAUCGAACUUGCCUAUUUCCUUUUCAGUGUAGCACCAGAUGGGUAAAUCAGUACGUCGCUUAAAUUCAUUUUGUAUCAUUUUUUUGGUAGCAUUCUUUAACAGUUUUAGCUUACUGUUGCGCUAGUAUAACAUGUGAUGUAUGAUAUUUGUAUUUCAUGCAUCUAUUUGUAGUAUUUUUUUGCUGAUCAGGCAAUUUCUUUGGUGAGAAAAAUACCAAGGAAGCUAGUGACAACAAGAUACUGGUAUUUAACCUUCCUGGCACAUUGCUUAUUGUAAGUUUGAGAGGAGUGGACUAGAAUUAAUUUUCCCAGCAUAAACGUCUUGUUGACAUCUUGUAAAGAAAUAUAUAGGUGUGAAGUAGAUAAUUCACACCUUUUGGAUUUUUUAAAAAUUUGAAUAGCUGUACAUAACCAGUUGUAGAAAACAGACCAUAAUUUAUAUGUGUAGCAAUAGAGCUAUGUGUACAAUUUCUUGUCUGACUUUGAAUGUUAAACAAUUUUGUAGCAUAUUCCAAAGCAAUGUGAAACAGAAGAGAUUUAGGGAAUCCACAGAGAGAAUCUAUUUUUAAUCAUGUAACAUUAAUGAUAUUUGCAAUGAAUGUAAUCUUUAAAUUUUGCUCCAAGGGUAGUAUUUUAAAGCUUAUGGCAAGUGCCAAAGAAGCAUUAACUUAUGGAUAGCAAUGUCGGUAUUUAUUAGGCUAUUUUGAUUGAUUUCCAGUUUUUUGGCGUUUUUAAAAUUCACUUACAAGGAGUAAAAAUUGUUGUUACCAUACCAUAAUAUAUGGGACUUAAUUUCCAUAUAGAAGAUAAUUCUCAAUUUCCUACCACAAAAUACUUCUUUGUAGUGGCUAUGCAUCUAAUCUGGAUAUUGUUAAUCUGUAUAUGCUAUUUUUCAAUCAUUUUUUGUGGAAUGGGGGGAUUUUUGUCAGUUUUAUAAGUGUAUAGGUAUGUAUGUAUAGGUGUGAAUAGUAACGGUAACUACAUACAAUGUAUUGUUAUUAUUGAUUAAUAUGCAAUCGGUAUAAAAAACGGCUAGAAUAUUAUACAGGUUCUUCCAAUCGUUAAUGAGUUUUAGAACAGACAAAAUAUAUAGAAUAAUAGUUUCUACAUGAAAGAUUUGGUAUAUUGUAUUUCUAUUGAAAACAUAUUGAUGCUAAAAUUGACUUAGAUAUCUGAAUGCAAAUGUGAUAUCUGCAAUAAUGCAAAUAUUUUAUACCGGAGUUUUAAAAAAAUAUCAUAUUUUCUUAAGAAUGGUAUACUAGAUUUGUAAAAUAAUGCAUGGAGCUGGCAUUUCUAAGCAAUAAACAUACUUGUAUGAUUGAUAAUUGGUGCAGUUGAUAAUGUGUUCAACAACAAACAAGAACAAUUCAAUUCUAUGCAAUCUUUAAACAGUAUCAUUUAAUAUAUUAAUGCACGUUAAUAAACAAUGGUAUUGUUGUGUUAAAGCUUGUUCGGAUAUGGAGUGGUAAACCGCCGCACAUAAAAGGGCACUUUUUUUAUUUCAACGUUUAAAUGGAAAACAACUGCGUGCAUGAAAGGCCCUGCAUGGAUUCACUGAGCUCAGUGUCAUUAGAUUCAGAAACGUGAUGCAUAUUACGCUUUAUGGCGUCAUAACAAAAAAUGCUGAAGCUUUGCCAUGUCAUACGUGAACGAACGUAAUGGCCCGUAUACACAAAGCAAGGUUUGAGCUCAAACCUCCUUUUGUUUCGCCAAACCUCCAUUUGUUCUUUACAAACCAGGUUUGUAAAAAACACAUAAAACGCGUCAUAUGACGUACGAAAACCAAGGUUUGUCGACAAACCUCCUUUGUGAAUUCGGGCCUAUGAGUUUCUUCUGUUUCCAUGAAUGUGACUUGAUGAAACUGCAUUUUUCUCACAAAUUCUUGUUAUUAUGCAGAAGCCGGUUUAGUAGGGAUUGUAAAACAACAACAAAAUACCAGUGAAAAGAGUUAAUGUAUAAUUAGUUCUAUACAAGGGCAUACAUAUACAUGCAUUUGUGCGCUGGGCGCAUCACUUGUCAAUAUACUGUAAAAUGGAAAGCUCUUAGAAUCUGCUAGUUUUGCUCCCUUUUUUUUUCCUUACUUCAUCUGUUAGCAUCAAACUUAUAAGAAUUACAGCAGUUAAAUAAAUUAUUUACAUUGAUGACAUAAGCAGGUAAAAUGCAUAAAUGAUGUUAGUAAAAUUUGAAUUCAACCGUUCAAAAAAUUCCAAUGAUUACAUACAAUUAAUCACUACUGAAAUACAUGUUUGUGAAUAUGACAGUAGAUAAUCAUUAUGUGGCUAUUAAAAUUGCCCAUUAUGAGUCUUUGUUUAAAAGUGUUAGUGACUGUAUAUUUUGACAGGCUGUGAGAUAAAUGGAAAUCCAUGUGAUGAAGAGUUGAUUGUUACUUUUGAAAAUAUCACAUAUCUGUCAACUGUGUGUGAUUCUUAUCUCAUUUGUUCGGAGCAGGAAGGACACGACAUGUACGUCAUAUACAUGCAUAUCCAUUGUACACGAGAGUUUACACCCUCCUGGUUCCAAACAGAACUGUUCUUAUCACGUAAAUAGAAAUCAAUUAUCAGAAAAUCUUGCUUCUAACUUGGUCUUUGAAAAAAAGCUUAGGCUAAUGUUUUUUGUGUUAUACUUUUUGAGUAGUCAUUCCUGUUAAGUUUCCAUUCAAACUGUGAUGAAAUUUAGAAUGGAUAAUCUUUCCAUCAUUACAAAUAGACCUUAAGCACAAGAUAAGAACUUUCUUUAACUUGGUCUUUGAAGAAAGCUUAGGCUAAUGUUUUUUGUGUUAUACUUUUUGAGUAGUCAUUCCUGUUAAGUUUCCAUUCAAACUGUGAUGAAAUUUAGAAUGGAUAAUCUUUCCAUCAUUACAAAUAGGCCUAGACGUUGAAACAAGAUAAGAACCUCCAUUGUUUUCUUGUUUGUCAUACUUCAGACCUGUAUCUAUAGAAUCAGUGUUAUAACAUUUUACUCAAGAAUCAUUUGCCCACAUUCAAUAACAGUUUAAAAAUGCACAGAUAAGAUACUGUAGAUAAUGCUAUGGUCACAAAGGUUUGUACGAGUGAUAAUUUCGUACGAAUCUCCCUGUUUUUCCAUUGUCUUCCCGAAUUUCUAUUGUCUGAAAAUCAUUCGUACGGCGUUCGUAGCAGUUCGUAAUGGCAUUUGUGACCGAGGCUUAAGUAAGCUCUGACUUUAAAGAUAAAUUCAUGUUAAGUAAACAUGUAACCAAGUCUUGUUGUGUGACCAAAUUGAAAAUUCUACUUUUUUCUUCGCAAAAAUAAAGUGAAUCCUAUAAAAAUUAUCUCAAAGACUUUCAAAAUCAACCAAGGGUAAUUUAAAUAGCCUGUUAAUCCCCUACCGAUACGUGCAAACAUAACAAUGGUAUAUUGUGUAAUCCAACAUGACUUCAAGGGGAGAUUCCAUAAGCUAUCAUUGCCCUUGCAUUUUUUUUUCGUCAAACUCUGUGCAGUUGUGUUCACAUUAAGUGAAGAACAUUUGAUUGUCUGUUUAAACCAUUAUGGUGCUAUAUGAAACUUUCCCUUGACCAAUAUAUCUCCUAAGGUUAUUUUUGGUUUUAAAUACUUGUAGAUUUUUAUAAGAUAUUUAAAUGCAUGAUGUGUAUUUCUUCUGCGGUAAAUUAUACAUUUGACUUUCCAUGCUCCUGUCUGUCAUGUAAUCAUAGUGAUUUCAUUUUUACCAUUCCAGUUUUUAGUUUUUCGAAUGUAAUAAUUAUGGAUACAAUAUAUUAUGUAUAAGAACUGAUUUUGGUAAAGAGAAUUAUGAUAAUAAAAGUUGCCUUUUUUGGUAGAAACAGAAA